CCACAGCAGUAUGCUUUUCCUAAACCGGUGACAUUUAACCGGUGCACGUCGGGUAAGUUAAUUAUGAUAUAGUUUACAGCCGUUUGAAAGAGUCCCCAAGAUGGUCGUAAGGGGAGCGUGUUGGGACUUAAUAGAGGUUGAAGAAAAGGUUCAAUUAUAUCUCAAACAUCAUCAGGGUUACAGACGCCUAGGUCUGUUGUUUUCACGGGAUUACUUUAAACUUCAGAAUAAGAGCGCAGGGAGAUUUUAAAGUCAGCUGUGCUUGAAGACUUCACGGUGCUGUAACCGUGUUUGAACCUGCAACAUGCUUAGGAUUCCAGCAGUGGUUCUGUAGUGGGGUUAAAAAGCACAGACAGCGGAGCGGCCUGCAGUGAGGCGCUGAAGAUGAACUCCAGGAGACCUCCUGACGGGGGUUACGGAUGGAUUGUGGUCAUAUCUGCCUUUUUUAUCAUGGGCCUCACUGCUGCCGUUCUCAAGAACUUCGGCCUUUUCUUCCUCGACAUCCAGAGUCACUUUCAAGUCCUGACCAGCACUACCUCAUGGGUCACCUCCACUACAAUCGGCAUGUUUCACCUAGGAGCUCCAGUGGCCAGUGUGCUCACCCUACGUUUUUCUCAGAGGGUGGUCAUCAUGGUAGGAGGUCUGCUGUCUGCCUCUGGGAUGUUGCUGGCCUCUCUGGACCUCAGUCUGCCGUGGCUCUACCUCAGCAUGGGCAUCAUGCAAGGACUGGGCAUUUGCUUCGCCUGGAUCCCUGCCAACAGCAUGGUGAGCCACUACUUUGUAAAGUGGCGUCCCAUUGCCUACGGCAUCGCAAGCUCAGGAGAGUGUGUCUUUGCCUUCCUGUUCAGCCCCUUCUUCCUGUGGCUGAUCGAGAGGUACAGCUGGCAGGGGGCGCUGCUCAUCAUCGGAGGCCUCCAGCUCAACCUGUGUGUCUGCGGCGCCCUCAUGAGACCGCUGGAGGGCACCCAGAGCCCAAUACAGGAAAAAGAAGACAAUCUAGAAGGUGAUGCCGCUGAGCUCCCUCCAAAGAGGAAGGUCAUCUUCCAGUUCUCCCUGCUGAGAAAACCUGAACUACUGCUCUACAUCCUGUUUGCCAUUUUUGCGGCGGCAGGGUUUUUCAUCCCACCUCUCUUUCUAGUGCCCUUUGCUAACAGUUUAGGGAUGGAUGAGUACUGGCCAGCAUUCAUCCUCUCUAUCCUGGCAUUAGCAGACCUGGCAGGGAGGCUCCUCUGCGGUUGGUUCGCCAACAUGCGUCUGGUUAGGAACCUGCAGCUGCUCACCAUGGUGGUCACUCUGCUCGGGGUGGUGCUAAUGCUGCUGCCCAUCAACCAAAACUACUGGGUACUCAUUGUCUUCGUCUCUCUCUAUGGGUUCCUGUUCGGCUGCGUGGUGGCGAUUCAUGUCACCUCCAUUGUGGACAUUGUAUCCCUGGAGGGCUUUGACAACGGACUUGGGCUCUUUAUGCUUUUUAGGAGCAUCGGGGGCUUCAUAGGUCCACCUGCUGCAGGCUGGCUGGUAGACCAAACAAAAGACUACAGCUCUGCCUUCUACCUUUCGGGUGCUUGCAUCAUUUCUUCAGCCGUGUUUGUCGUUCUGGUGGACCGCAUUCUUCAGAAAAAUAAGUGCAUCGAGGCUGAAGAUCAAAGGUCAUACACCCAGGACAUCUCAGAGGCAGAAAAGGUCAACUGAGGCUUGUUUUUCUUGGUUUGUUACUUCGUCCUGAGCCUGAGGUGUCAGAAAGACUCGUCAUUAUUUAGUCACGACCUGCUCUGACGUUAUAGCAGCGUUAGGUUAUUAACCCUAUCCGUCCCUGCAGCCUCUCACUGCCAAUUAACAAUCUAAAGUACAUAUCCAUCAUAAACCCUGAUACAACUUUUAGAAUUAAAUAUAAACUUUACUUUCUUUUAACCUUUGCAUGACAGAAUUGUUUUUAAGUAAAGUACCUAUUUAUUUUAUUUAAGUUUUAACAAUUUUAUAUUUUUCCUAGUGAACAUUCCCAAUGCCUCAUGCUCGACUCGUUGGCUGUUGAGGUCUGUGAACAAAUGCUAAAGCAAAUGCUUUCUCCUUUUUAAACCUCCACACCAUUGGCCAACUGUCAGUCAGAUACAUGAUGUUUUGGGGUUUUAUAUCCGUCCCUCCCAUUCUCAGGAAAGCAAUAUCUCAAGAGCCCCGUCAGGAAAAUUCUUCAGAAUUUCCUCAAACAACCACCACAAACUGAUGGGUUCAUGGUGGUCAAAGGUCAAGGUUACUGUGACCUCAAAAGCCAUUUUGGCCAUAACAGCAAAAAUUAAAAUGCUUAUUUUGACUAUUUAACAGAAAUGUAAUAACUGGGUUUUGUGUUUUUCAAGGGUUUAUUUGACAAUAAAAAACAUCACUUCAGUGAUCCUUUGACAUUUUACUGUUGCUACAGUGGGGAGCCAUGGCACCUAGCUGUAAAUAACUCUGUGUGUAACCUAAGUGUUGCCUUUCUCUGUAAAGAUCAUGAAGGGCUUAUUUUGUUGCACAGGUUAUGGUUUAGCUUGUGACUUGCAGGAAUGAUUGGAAAUUCUUAAUGAUUUUGAUAUCUUGAGAUCCAGAUAACUUGUUUUAGUCCUGAUGCACUCUAAUACUAACCCAUACUGGAAAAAUUAACCUUUUAAAGCCAAUUCAUCUCGGAAAGGUUUUUAACAGAUUAUAUCCAAUUUAAUCAAUGACUUCUGGUUCCUCACUUUUAAAGGUGUUGUCUCUCAAUUUAUAAUUUAAUAGUUCUCAUGUUACCAUGUCUUUUCCACACAAAUAAAUCACUUUACUCAUGAUGAAAACACAUUUCUUGACAUUUUCAUCUAUGUUUGCCUUAACGUUGCCAAAGCUUAAUACAGAUCUUGUGUAGCUGAGGACUCUGCUACAGGGGCUGCCCUUCACAGCAUGAAACUGAUACCAGGAUAUUUGUAGUAGCUUUAAGGAGUCUGUCCUAUCAUUGCUCAGGAGUUAGUCCCGUUAUGUAACCUCAUAAUCAUGUCAGUUUCAGCCCUCACAAUGACCUUGCACUUUUGGUUUGAGCUUAAAUGAUUAGGUGAUCAAAAGAAAAUGAAUCUGACUUUAUUUGACUUUUUUUAUUUGACAUACUAGGACCUUUUUUUUCUUAUUUUCGACAUACUAUUCUUUGCCUUCUUUUGACAUACUAUACCAUAUAAUGUCUUUACUUUUUUCCACAUACUGUACAAUGGCUUUUUUUUCUUUGUUUUGCAUGAACUUAUUUUUACUCUUUUCAAUAAACUAUAACCUUUUUUCACUUA